CAGUGAUAUGGGCAGAUAUAGUAGUAAUAAUAGUACAUAGUACGAAUGAUGCGAAUAAAAUGCCCCUCCUAAUAUCCUUUAACCCUUCCAAGGUUUAUGGAGUGUUUACAGAUUUUCUGCCUAUCUAAGCAGGUCCUGCCUGGCUACUAGACAAAUAACUAGGUGCUACCAUAUGUAUCUAGGGUAACUAGAUGUAACUAAGUAAUUCUACGAAUCGUUGUCGAUGACGCUUCGGGAUUACAACUGAUAACAACCUUGAAACAAUGAAACUACUGGACCAUUUUGCUGCUUAGUUUGCUGCGGGGAAAAGAUCGCAUUACUCAACUCAGUGCUGUAACGGAGAGGGGUAGUAUGUGUGUGGAUGUGAUGUGAUAUCCGUAGAUAGCCCUGCUGGAGGUACAUAUAUCUACCUAGGUCACCUACAUACUACAUAGCCUAGUAGGUAGUAGGUAAGAGGUAUAUACCAGACAUGUUCCGAUCUUUCGUCAGAAUUACUCGCUCCAGUUUGACAUCUUUGACAUCUCAUCAACAUCAACAACAUCUUCAUCCAAAGCAAAUCAACAACUAUCUCCGCUUUCUAUCUACCAUGCCGGACUUAAAGUAUGAUCUUACUGCCCCAAAUGGCAGAAAAAUAACUCUUCCUACCGGCUUAUUUAUUAAUAAUGAGUUCGUCAAAGCAAGCGGAGGAGCUAAGAUCACCAGCAUCAACCCCACAAAUGAGCAAGACAUAUGUUCAGUUGAAGCAGCCAGUGUUGAAGAUAUUGACAAGGCUGUAGCUGCUGCGAGAGCCGCGUUGAACCAUGAAUCAUGGCGAGAUCUCUCUGCUACUGACCGUGGUAGGUUGAUGUAUAAGUUGGCCGACCUAGUUGAGCAGGAGAAGGAGAACCUCGCCACCAUGGAGACCUGGGACAACGGCAAACCGUUCGGUGACUCCCUAGGAGACUUAGAGGAGGUCAUCAGCGUCCUCCGAUACUAUGCUGGCUAUGCUGACAAGAUCCACGGCGAAACUAUUCCCACGACCAGUGAGAAAUUUGUCUACACUCUUAAACAGCCCAUCGGUGUCUGUGCUCAGAUUAUUCCUUGGAAUUAUCCCCUAGGAAUGGCUGCGUGGAAGUUGGGGCCGGCUCUCGCUUGCGGAAACACGAUCGUACUGAAACCUGCCGAACAAACACCUCUGUCGAUCCUAUACUUUGCCAACCUCAUUCCCAAGGUUGGUUUCCCUCCUGGUGUCGUCAACAUCACCAACGGAUAUGGAAGGGAUGCCGGUCACGCACUUGCAAGCCACUUGGGCAUUGACAAAAUUGCCUUCACCGGCUCAACAAACACAGGAAAACAAAUCAUGAAAACAGCUAGCAUCAACAUGAAGAACAUCACCCUCGAAACCGGUGGAAAAUCUCCGCUGAUAGUCUUCGAGGACGCGGAUAUUGAGCAGGCGGCAAAAUGGGCUCAUGUCGGAAUCAUGAGUAACAUGGGGCAGAUCUGCACAGCAACUUCCCGUAUCCUCGUCCAAGAAGCCGUUUAUGAGAAAUUCGUAAACGAAUUCCGGGAGACGGUCAAGAAAACCAGCAAGGUCGGCGACCCCUUCGCCGAGGACACCUUCCAGGGCCCUCAGGUCACCAAGGAUCAGUACGAGAGGAUCUUGGGUUUCGUGGAAUCUGGCAAGUCGGAGGGCGCCACGCUCGCAUCUGGUGGCGUUCCUCUCCCGAUUAAUGGAAAGGGCUUUUUCAUCGAGCCAACUAUCUUCAUCGAUGUGAAAGAAAGCAUGAAGAUUUAUAGGGAAGAGGUGUUUGGACCUUUUGUUGUCAUCGUGCCCUUCAAGACGGAAGCUGAUGCCAUCACGAUGGCGAACGAUACCACGUAUGGUCUUGGCGCGGCUGUAUUCACCCAGAAUCUCCAGCUUUCCCACCGCGUCGCCGCACGCAUCGAAUCUGGCAUGGUCUGGAUCAAUUCGUCCAAUGAUUCUGACUUCAGAGUGCCAUUCGGAGGUGUGAAGCAAAGCGGUAUCGGUCGAGAGUUGGGAGAGGCCGGUCUCGCGGCGUACUCGCAAACAAAGUCCAUUCAUGUGAACAUAGGUCAGAAAUUGUAAGAAGCGGAGCUGCUCAAUGUUGGAAGGAACAUCAUGAUCAAAUUGUUCGAAAUAGUAUCGACCCUACAGGCUGGCCGGCCAUGGCAGAGGUGCGAUGUUUGAGAGACCGCGAUAAUGUAAGCUCACGAUUAUUCUACUAUUUGUAGUGAGACGCUGUAAUGGGUGGACGGAUAGAUGGAUGGAUGGGCGAAGUAUGCGAACUUGUUACACCAUGCUGAAUCAUAGAUGUAUCUGGAACCAGACCAUUCCAUAUAUAUGUAUUUGUAUAGUUAUAUACUUAGCUACGUAAGCUGAUUAUUUCAAUAGUGAGCUUAUGUAUGUAUGUAUGUAUGUAUG